AUCUAUGGCUAUGGAAUGUCAAACUAGUAGCCUAAGUUUUCACUUUUUAAUUUAAAUGAAAUAUUUCACAUAGUAGAAAUAUAAAAUUAAGGAGUUUAAUUAAAAAAAGUGAUUAUUACUAUAACGUUACCUACAUAAGUACUCAUUAAUCUACGAUUAAAGAAAAUUAAACAUGGGUUUUAUUUUCUAUAUUAUAAGUAAGAAUGCGGUGAAGUGAGUUUUAUGAUACGGUGAUAUUGAACAUAAUAUUAAAAGAAAACACUAACAUGGAGUUCACAAGUUUAAUUUUACGUCUUACAAAAAACAUAUGUCGUACGUGUUUAGGAGAACUCGAUGCUAAUGAUCCCACCAUGUUUAUGAAUAUUCAAGAUUUGAUUGAACACGAAAUGAAUAAAAUUAAACUAAUUGAUAUAUUGGUUUUCUUAAAUUGUUUGGAAAAUAAUGAUGAAGAAAACUGGCCUCAAGGAAUGUGUGCAUCAUGUGUAUCUACUGCUUUACUUGCUUAUAAUUUUAAGUUAAAUUGCUUAAAAGCGAAUGUAACUCUUUCUCAAAUAUUUACAGUCAGAUCAACUUCAAACCAAUUGCCUCGAUCUGAUAUUGAUUCAAUAGAUAUAAAUGUUGUUUACCAGGACCAUGAAUAUGAUGUACCUCUUUUUAGUCAUCAUGCAUCACUUGAUUUUGAGCCAGAAGUUUCUGAAAGUAAGGAGCUCACACCUUUGCCUCCGGUGACUGAAAUUGCAUCUACUGAAAGACUUCCUUUAAAGGAGGGGGACAAGAGAUACACAUGUAGUUUAUGUUCCAAAUCCUUUACGAGAGUACAUAACUUGAGGUAUCACAUGGCUAAGCACAAUGAUUUUCGGAGAUAUCUGUGCCCAAAAUGUGGUAAAGGUUUUCACACAUCCAGUGGGCUGAGGCAACACUUAUUGUCUCAUAUCGAUGUUAACCAAUUCAAGUGUGGUUUUUGUAAUAAAACAUAUAAGUCUAGACAAUCAUUGAAAGAGCACUUUCGAGUAGCACAUUCUAGUAAUCGGAAGUUGUUUGUCUGUGUUACAUGUGGUAAAAGAUUUACAGCAAAGUCAACGUUAAUGAUGCAUAUUAAAAGUCAUAAAGGUUUAAAAGAAUUUCCUUGUACCGAUUGUUCUAAGUCAUACACCAGGGCAUCUUACUUGCGAGCUCAUAGACUGAGUCAUUUAGGUCAAGAGAAGCCAAAGCCAUUUGUUUGCAUGUAUAAAGACUGCAAUAGAAACUUUGCUACCAAACAUUCAUUAGUCGUACAUAUAGCUCAUUCUCACACAGUGGAUAGACCACACAAAUGUAAUAUAUGUUUCAAAGGAUUUGCCACUUCUUCAGGUUUGAAAGUCCACAAGGAAUCUCACGCAAACACAAAAGUUUCAUGUAGUAUUUGUGAUAAAAAACUAUCAAAUAAAAGAGUUUUGCAAAAACACAUGAGGGCACAUGAUACUAAAAAUUAGAUUGCCUUUGCAAUUGCAAUUUUUCUUAGCU